ACCUACCUGAGCCCGACCCGAUCGGAUACGACCCGGCCCGGCCCAUACCCAACAGAUGAUGGCUUGUUGCUGACGACUGCUCUGCUUCCCUCCCUCUGCUGUUUCCGAUGGCGUCCGGUUUCGCGUUGGGUCGCUGCUCGAUUUCGACGUGUAGGACGGCCGAUGCUUUCCUGAGUAGGUCCCGAGUUCUCGGCGCCAGGGAUUUGAGAUUCCGUCGCCGAAUCACCGGAAAAUGCUCGCCGGCGACAGGUUUUGUCGUCGCAGAUGAUGAGAAGUACGGGAACAAGCAGGUUAUCAGCCUCACUCCUCGCCUUUACGACUAUGUCCUCUCCAACGUCCGCGAGCCUGAGAUUAUGAGGCAACUACGCGAAGAAACAGCUGAAAUGAGAGGUAGUCAAAUGCAGGUAUCUCCUGAUCAAGCGCAAUUGCUUGCAAUGCUUGUACAGAUUCUUGGAGCAAAAAGGUGUAUCGAAGUUGGAGUUUACACGGGAUAUUCGUCACUGGCUGUUGCUUUGGUUCUACCUGAAUCAGGUUAUCUAGUUGCCUGUGAAAGAGACGCUAAGUCUCUUGAGGUCGCUACGAGGUAUUAUGAACUUGCAGGAGUCUCUCACAAGAUUAGGGUGAAACAUGGUCUUGCAGCAGAUUCUUUAAAAUCUAUGAUUCAGAACGGCGAAAGUAGCAGCUAUGAUUUUGCAUUUGUGGAUGCUGAGAAGAGGAUGUACCAGGAGUAUUUUGAAUUGCUUCUUGAACUCGUCAAGGUCGGAGGAGUGAUUGUGAUAGACAAUGUUCUAUGGCAUGGACGCGUUGCUGACCCGAUGGUGAAUGAUGCUAAGACAAUCAGCAUUAGGGAAUUCAACAGAAGGUUAAUGGACGAUGAACGCGUAAGCAUUAGUAUGGUACCAAUAGGUGAUGGCAUGACUAUAUGCCGCAAGAGAUGACCCUGAGGCUCAGAGAGAAGCCUUGACAGUAUCAUUGAUGUUGAAAUCUGUCUCAAGUUGACUUCCCCUUUGUGUUCAGAAGCAUUUUGAAGGUAACAUAUGAAAUUUUGUCUUGCCGGUUAACUCAUGCAAUUGUAUUGUUACUUUGUUAUUCACAUCAUGUGAAUUACGAUUUUUUUUUAUUUAUGUAAUGGGCGUAAAAUAGUGAUAUUGCAUAUGGAAUAACACCAUAAAAACGGACUGGAGUAUAA